AUGGCCGGCAGGCGGAUGAAGAGCCUCACUGAGGCAAUGCGCAACCUGACCAUCGCUGCUCAGCCAUGCAGGACAUUGCUGGUCCGGCAGGCACCCCUCGUGUGUAGGAGAUUGAUGGCCACAGUAGUUGAUGCUAGCGCCGCUAGCGCCAGCGAACAGCCCGCCAAUAUCACAAGAUCUGUCUCUGAUGUUUGGACUCCCAUCACAACUGUUCCCGUCACCGUUCACGCUUUCCCCUCGCUCGAGCCGCGCUCUCUCGAGGCUUGGUCGGUCAAACACCUAUAUCUUCCCCUGCGCCGUGACAUUCUGCACCUGGCUGUUGUCUACGAGGGCGACAAGACCCGCCAGGGUACUGCGUCAAGCAAGACCCGUUACGAGGUCCAUGGUUCGCGCCGCAAGAUCCGCCCACAAAAGGGCACUGGCCGCGCCCGUGUCGGUGAUCGCUACUCGCCCCUGUUUGUUGGCGGUGGCAAGACCUUCGGCCCCAAGCCGCGCGACUUCAGCACAAAACUCAACCGCAAAGCCUACGAUCUGGCCUGGCGGACCGCCCUGUCAUAUCGCUACCGUCGCGGAGAGCUGAUAGUCACGGAAGACGGCCUCGAGCUGCCGUUGCCUGAUGACUUCCUUCAACUGGCCGAUGCUGGCAUUCUGGGCCGCGAGCUCGAGGACGGCUACGUGCACAAGUACGUCUGCGAGCUGAUGGCCCAACUGGAAUGGGACCAGGCCCGCGGUGGCCGCACCACUUUCAUUACGGGCGACCUCCGUCCGAACCUCUUCACUGGCUUGGAGAUUGCCGGCGAGACUGGCCGCGCUCUUGAGCUGGCCGACGUCGAUGUCAAGGACCUGCUUGAAACCGGUCGCAUCGUCAUUGAACGCAGCGCCCUGCGUGAGAUGAUCAAGGAGCAUCAGAGCGACCUUGUCUCGCGCGUAUUCAUUCCGGGAGUGCCCAGAAAACCGGCUCCUCCAGAGGUGCUCGUUAAGCCUUUGUAA